AUGGCUGAAGACGACCCUCCCUCUGCUGGGGGCUCGAUCGUCCCGAGCCCCUUCAACUUUCAGACGCAGGUCAUCUCGACCUCGCCUGUCAAGUCGAAUAUUGGCCAGCGUCGCGGCCAUCGAUAUAAGCACAGUUCCAUAUCUACCCAACACCAAAUCUUCCAGGAGCCUCCUCAGCGACCGCCCCCCGUUCUACCAGCCUCCCUCCCUGUGCCCACCGUUCGAGAAGCAUGGAAGAGUAUGUCAAAGGACCAGCGCGUCAGGCUCUACUGGAGCUUGUGCCACUUGGCAGUCGCGACUUGGCUCUUUUUCAUUUCCGAGGGCUCCGUUGCUAUGAUGGCCCUCUCCCACCUAGUGUUCUUCGACGCCGGUAGCGCGGCGGUGUGCGUCGCUGUCGAUGUUCUAGGCAACUUUGAGGUUUGGCGUCGUAGCAGUAUCCGUCAUCCCUUCGGUCUCGAGAGAGCCGAGGUUCUCGCCGGCUUCGCCAUGUCCAUAUUCCUGCUCUUUGGCGGCUUCGAUCUUGUGUCGCAUAACCUCAAGCACUGGCUGGAGACCAAAGGUGGACAUGAGCCGCACCACGAACACGCUCAUGAGCGUGUCUCAGCCGGAGAAGUGGACUGGGCUGCGUUCGCGGCUAUCACAAGCACAGUCAUUUCAGCAUACGGUCUGAAGAAUCAUGCACGUAUUGCUAGAAUCAUGCGUGUGUCGUGGCUAGCCAAGCUACCUACCCACUUUUCUAACAUCUUUCACUUCUUGACGGUCUUCUUCUCGAGUCUACUGCUCCUGUUACCGCUUCUGUCCAUCAAAAGCUACAUCUGGGUCGACCGUACGCUCUGCGCCGCCAUUGCCGCUUCGAUGUUCCUGUUCGGUGCUAAGCUGGCCAUGGCUCAGGCUAUGAUGUUGCUCAUGUCAUAUGGCGGCAUGGGUGGUAACGAAGGUGUGUCUUCAGUGGUGCGGGAGAUCGAGGCAGAGCCAGGCGUGGCACGCAUCGAGGAUGCGCAGUUUUGGCAAGUGCACUACGGGUUAUGCAUGGCCAAUCUCAAGAUCUGCGUCGCCAAAGGUUGUGACGAGGGAGCCAUCAGCAAGCUGCGCAGUCGCAUAUCUACUCUGAUCCAAAAUCGGCUCGGGGAAGGAUACGGACGCGGUACAAGCUUACGUUGGGAGGUUACUUUGCAGACGAGUGUUGAAGUGACUCUUUGA